AUGUCUUCGGAACUUAAAGAAUCAACAAGUACUGCAGCAAAUAUAGGUUCUGCUACAUUUUCAAGUACAACGUAUGAUACUACAGAUUAUACUAAUGAUCCUACAUUUACUGAUCCAUCAGUCAUAACUUUGCCAAUUGAAGAAGAAAUGCCUUCAAUUGACAGACCUUCGACCAUGGAAUUUGAUCCUCAAAUAUUGGAACCUACUACGACCGCGUAUGAAGAAAAUGUAAUUUUGGAUAGGAAUGCCAAUCCAGUAAGAGAGUUGGGCUUCCAAGAAAAGAUCGCAUUACCGAACGAUUUUAGUCCUAACGAUGUUAAACUGCAAGUUGAAACAGACGGAUUUACGGUUUUUUGUGACAAAGAGCAGCCAUCAGAUUCUAAAGUUCAAACAAGUUCAUACCACCAGAUGAAAUAUUCAAGAAUGUUUGACAGACCUAUUCGAGAAGUAUAUAUGGAAGUAAUUGAAGGUAAAAUACUUGUUGUUGGAGAGUUUGCAGAUUAUGAUUAUCCUCAAUAA